UGAAAGAUAGCGAGCUCUUAGGGUUUCACUUGCUUAUUUUCUUCGUUCAAGAUUCAUCACUGGAAUCUUCUUUGGCCUUCUCCACUCUCCUCUUAAUGAUUUACAGUUGUAGACUGAAGCCGACAUAAAGAUGAUGUUGGAUUACGAGUGGGGGAAUCCCGCUGCGGCAGCAGCAGCCAUGCUGCUGUUUGGCGAGGAGAACGGCGGCCACGACGGCGGGCAGCAGCAUGCAACCCUGUUCGACCACUUCGGCGGCCAUGGCCUUGGCGGCAGCGGUUUCGCUGACUUCUUCCCGCAGCCUCAGCCGUUGACGGCUGCGGCACUCUUCCCGCCAUCGCCGCCUUCGACGUGCCACCAGCGGUAUGGGAUGGCACUGCCGCCAUUGCCGGCGAGGAUCGGGCUCAACCUCGGGGUACGCACCUACUUCUCGCCGGCGGAGGAGGCCAGCGUCGUGGUUGGGCGAGUGUGCCGGCGGAGGACCCGCAUAGCUCGGUGCCAGGCAGAGGGAUGUGGGAUCGACCUCACACAUGCGAAGCACUACCACCGCCGCCACAAGGUGUGUGAGUUCCACUCGAAAGCUUCGAUCGCCAUCGUCGCCGGCCUUUCUCAGCGUUUCUGCCAACAAUGCAGCAGGUUUCACGCGCUCACAGAAUUCGAUCAGGGGAAACGGAGCUGCCGGAAGCGGCUGGCUGAUCACAACCGCCGCCGGAGGAAGUCUCAGGACCUGGCGACGAGUACUGUAAACCAGCACAACAACAACAGUAGCAGCGACGCAUCCGCCGAUGCCAAGGCUCCAACGUCAUUUACCGGGUGCAAACCGGAAAGCGAUUCACCGGUGGCGCACAUGUCACCACCUCAGGCACAGCCGCUGUUGCCGAUGCCGCUGACCCACACGGCCACAACGAGGACAGGGCUGGGGCUCGGCUGCGGCAGCGGUGUCGCUGGGACCGGGAUGGCGUUGUCAUCGUCCGCUGAGAACUCGCCGCCGGGUGCGCCAUUCCUGGUGCAACUGGGGGAGUUCCGAGUCCGCGAGGAGAGGUUUACGGCUUGGGGGGACGAGGAGGAGGAUCGCAGCAGCAUUAACUAGAGGGCAUGGUCGGAUCAAGCAGCAAUAACAAGCAGUAGGAGUAGUACUACGUAGUAGUGCUUUCUCUCGUUGGUUGAUUUCUAUGUUGGUUUCAGGCACCCUUUUCUUCUAAUAAAUCAAAAGAGUUUUUCUCCUUUA